CCCUUAUGGGUGUGGUGAAGAGAUUGCUGGCGAAAAAUCGCCUCAGUUUGCGCGAGGGCUGCGCGGCCCUUUAAACGUGUUUAAAAUCGACUUCUAAUUAAACCGUGUCGCUUUGAAAUUCAUCCGGGGCGUAUAACGACAUGCGAGGAAUCUGAAAGAAGCGGAUUUUGCCCAAACCAGCCCGAUCAGGUCCAGCGCGUUGUCGUCUCGGGUGCCGGUCAAACAGGAACAAUGAGUGAGUUGGAGCAGUUGCGACAGGAAGCAGAGCAGCUUCGCAACCAGAUCCGGGAUGCUAGAAAAGCCUGCAGUGACUCCACACUAUCGCAGAUGACGGCGAGCCUGGACUCAGUGGGACGGAUACAGAUGAGAACGAGGCGCACGCUCAGAGGUCAUCUCGCCAAAAUCUACGCCAUGCACUGGGGCAGCGACUCCAGGUUACUUGUCAGUGCCUCCCAAGAUGGCAAACUGAUCAUAUGGGAUGGUUAUACGACCAACAAGAUGCACGCCAUUCCCCUGCGCUCCUCCUGGGUCAUGACCUGUGCCUACGCCCCGUCGGGGAACUACGUGGCCUGCGGAGGCCUGGACAACAUCUGCUCCACCUACAGCCUUAAAACCCGCGAGGGCAACGUCAGGGUCAACCGAGAACUGGCUGGACAUACGGGCUAUCUGUCUUGCUGUCGUUUUCUUGAUGACAAUCAGAUCAUCACCAGCUCUGGUGACACCACAUGUGCAUUGUGGGACAUUGAGACGGGCCAGCAGGCCAACACUUACACGGGACACACGGGCGACGUCAUGAGUCUGUCGGUCAGUCCUGAUUUAAAGACGUUCGUGUCAGGAGCCUGCGACGCUCCGGCCAAGCUGUGGGACAUCAGAGCCGGGAUGUGCAGGCAGUCCUUCACCGGCCACGUCUCGGAUAUAAAUGCCGUCUGCUUCUUUCCGAAUGGAAAUGCCUUCACGACGGGUUCAGACGACGCCACCUGCAGGCUGUUUGAUCUGCGAGCCGAUCAGGAGCUCAUGAUGUAUUCUCACGACAACAUCAUCUGUGGUAUCACCUCCGUGGCCUUCUCCAAGAGUGGACGCCUCCUGCUGGCCGGAUACGACGACUUCAAUUGUAAUGUUUGGGACACUUUAAAAGGCGAACGUGCAGGUGUCUUGGCUGGUCAUGACAACCGAGUGAGCUGUUUAGGAGUACCUGACGAUGGAAUGGCUGUGGCCACGGGAUCAUGGGACAGUUUCCUUCGGAUCUGGAACUGAGAGCGUCACUUUAAAAUCUGCGGCUCUCGUUUCCUUCGGUCCAGUUCCCACGUCUUUCCACAGCAGCUCCUCUGUAUUCCAGUUAUUACACAUGAUUUUCAGUAAGUAGAUGAAUCCCGCGGAGAAGCCCAUCGUCUCUGCCAGCCACAGGAAUAAUAAGAGAUUAUUAAAGUGUCAUUGUGUAAUAUGUAAAUAUACAUGUAUAUGAAUAUAGAUAUGGUAUAUAUGUACAGCAUUAUGUGUAUGUAUAUACCAUAUAGUAUAUACAUACAUAGUGUUCAUGUAUAUAUUUUUCUAGUUGAUCAUUGGCCCAUGACAUUUUUAUUAAUCUUUCACUUUUUGUUUUUGUUUAUUUGUUGUACAUAGAAAACAACGCUAAACUAGAUGGAUUAUUGCAAACAGUCUGUAUUACAAAACGUUUGUGGAAUUUUUUUUUGGACUUUUUUGUGCAUUGGAAAACAAAAGCCUAAAACACGUUAAUUAAUUUUAAUUAUUUUUUUUUAAUGCAGAUGAAAACCCGAACUUUCUUUUUCUUCGUUUCCCCUCACGCCACUAAAUCAGUCAUUGUUUAUUGGUGCUCGAGUGUGUUCAGAAAGAAGGCACUGAAUUUUUCUGCAGCCUUGAAGAUCGAAUGUUUAAUUUCGAAGCGCUUUGACGCCUCGUUUGGCUUUCGAUGAUGAAACCCAUAAUCGACCUGCUCUCGAUCUUCAGCCUUCAGUACUAGCGAUCGCAGUGUGACUAACCCUAGUGUAUAAAUCCCUAUUCUUGGUGCUUACGAAGAAAUCUGUGCUUCGAACGAAUUCAUAACACUCGCCUUUUUCUAUUUUCUAUUUUAUUUUUUAAUUUAGUAAUGGCCGCAAACCCUCCACUUAAAUUUAGUCGUCGCAGUGUUACACGAAUGCAUCGUCUUGAACAGUAUAAAUAUUUUUAUUGGUGUUAAUUCAUUUGAAUGCCGAGACUGUUAGCUUUUUUUAAAACAACCUCAGUUUCAGCACGUAAAUGUGUGCAAACAGGUGGACAUUAAGAACACUACCUGGUGAGGAUAGUUCAACCGCUAAAAAGUCACUAUAUUAGGCAUUUUUUUAUUAUGGAUCAAAAAACGUAGACCAGAGCGAUGAAGCCGUUUACUCAUUUCCGCCAUAUUUAAGUGCCAUCGGUUCUGACAGUAUAUGCCUGUGUUUGCGGCGGGUUGCCAGAUUGAUGCCUGUCAGUAACCGCCUUAAAACGGUAAUAUUUGUGCCAUUUGUUAACGCUUUUAACACGUCAUGUAACUGUGAAAAGCAUUUAAAAUCUCUCUUUUACUUUGCCUUUUUGUAUAAAAGGGAAUCGGAAAGCAGCUUGAAGUCAUUUUCUUUUUUCUGUAAGAAGUCCUUUUUCAGUGUGAAGAUGCUUGUUAGCAUAAAUAAAAUUAAAAGAAAAACCCUUUCGCCGCUCCAUAAAGGAACUGAUUUUAGUUUUGCUGAAUGUUAUGAUGAUUAACUGUGAAAAGGGAUGUCUUUUGGUAAUAACGUCUCACUUUUAAACAGGAAUUAUGCUGGUAUUAUUAGUAUCGGUUAGUUUUAAGUCAGAUUUCUGGUGUUGGUACUGUAGAGGUUGAGAGAUUUGCCAAUCAGUGAUUCUUUUUGUGGUUGUUUUUUAUGAUCAUGUUGAAGAUUUGAGCGCUUGGUUCUGGAUCGGCUGAAAUGCUGAUGUAGUCUUUAAUGAAAACCUCGGAUGACGUGUUUUAUUUUUUAUUAUUUUUUUUUCCAGACCACUCAAACUUGGCAACAAAAGAACAUAUUUUAGUAUUACAGUACAUGUUGAAACCCAAUGUUUUAAGUAUUCAUAAUAUACUUUCGGCUCAAUUUGUAAGCUUCAUAAUCUUUUCUUUUUCUUUCUUUUGAGCCGAUAAAACCAGGAGUGUGGUGCCUUGUGUGCUUUCACAGUGCCAUAUUUUCAAAUAAUCAUUUUUAAUAACAUUUUGUUUCUCAACUUUUUCGUAUUUGUAAAGUAACCUGGUGAUAAUUCUGCCAUACACUGAUAUUGUAACCAAUAAAAAGACUUUUAACCACA